AUGCAUUGUGAAUCUAUUCGCAAGUUUGUCAUUGUCAACAAUGAUAAAACAGCCCUGAAUUCAUCACUGGAUAAUGUUUUUCUUCUUUUUUAUUAUUUUUUUUUACUCUCCCUCUUCUCAUUAUUUCUAUUUUUCUUCUUUUCCUGCUUUUUUUUUAUUAUUUAUUCUUUUUCUCUUUCAUUUGUUUCAUUAUUUCUAAGCUUUCUUUUCUUAACCUCAAUACCUUUUCAUUUUUAUUCUUUAUAUUUUUUUCUUCUUCUUUUUUUUGGUCUUUUUCUGCUCUGUCAUUAUUCCUUUCUCAAUUUUAUUCUCUUUUUUCAUAUUCUCUUAUUCCUUUAUCAUAUUUCUUCCUUUUUUCCAUCCUCUUUUAGUUUUUUCUUCUUUUCCUUUAUCUACCACUCCUAUUCAUUUUUAGCCCUCAACUUUGUUUGUUUGUUUGUUUCUUUCUUUCUUUCUUUCUUUCUUUCUUUCUUUCUGUUUCUCUUUUCUUUUCUAAUUUUCCUUUCCCUUCCCUUUACUCUUCAACCAUUUUUUUUAUGUUAUGCUUCUCUUCAUUUUUAUCUUUUUGCUCUCUCAAUCUUUUUUCUCAAAAAUGCCCAUCCAGACCAGAUCAACAAACAUGUUGGAUUCCAUUUUUCCCCAUUUUAG